CCUGAGUCUAGCCCCACCACCACCAUAACCUAUUCCUCCAUUAAAUACACGCCAACUUGGGCUUUCAUAGAUUAUUUCUCUUCCUCCGCUUUUGGAUCCUCUGCCUCUUGUGUUAUUCAUCUCUCAUUUCUUAUUUUUAAGAUUUUCUUCUUGCUAGAUUGCUUUAAUGGCAUCAAAGAGAAUCUUAAAGGAGCUUAAGGAGUUACAGAGAGACCCACCAACUUCAUGCAGUGCAGGUCCUGUUGCGAAGAAUAUGUUCCACUGGCAAGCAACCAUCAUUGGUCCAAAUGAUAGCCCCUAUUCUGGUGGUGUCUUCCUUGUGACCAUCCAUUUUCCACCUGAUUAUCCUUUCAAACCACCAAAGGUUGCCUUUAGGACCAAAGUUUUCCAUCCAAACAUAGACACUAAUGGGAAUAUCUGCUUGGACAUACUCAAAGAACAAUGGAGUCCUGCUCUCACCAUAUCCAAGGUUCUACUGUCCAUAUGUUCACUGCUGACGGACCCAAACCCUGACGAUCCACUGGAAGCUGAGAUUGCUCGUAUGUGCAAAACUGAUAAACUUAAAUAUGAGUCCACAGCUCGCAGCUGGACCCAGAAGUAUGCCAUGGGCUAAUCCACAAUCUCGUGGAUACCAUGAUCGUCCGCUUCUUGUCUCUCUCAAUCUUUCAUAACUUUCAGAGAUGAACUAAGUUUGGCUGUUGAAACUAUAUAUAUACAUGUGUUUUUAGCACUGUAAGUUUGUAACUUGUAAUUUUGAGCAUCUCUUUGCUUGGAAAUUGGAAUAAAUGAAAGCCUGGUGACUAAUUGCAGUUUAGUCCACCAAUGUAAUUAUUAUGUGUUCUCAGUUCUGAUGGUUUCUAUCAUGGCUUUGUGAAUGUCCUGUGUCUCCUCUGCAAUUAAAUUUAAAGUAGUCUAAAUUUGUGAUUAACAUAAUUGAAUUAAUUACUUGCAUUUUUAUUUAUUUAUUUUUUUUAAAAUGGCAUUUAGUCAUU